ACUCUCGCGCCUUAUUUUGAAAUUUCAAAUUCAACCAAUAGCUGAGACAGAUUUGUUUCACUACGUCAGCAAUUUGAACCAAUCAGAAGUGUCCUCGCGCCGCCAGUCUCUUUAUAAACCCCUGCUGCAGACUUCGGAAUUUAUCUCUUCAGUCUAAAACGCGAAGAAACAUACUCAACCGCGAUGGCCAGAACCAAGCAGACCGCUCGUAAAUCUACCGGAGGAAAGGCUCCCAGGAAGCAGCUGGCAACCAAAGCUGCCCGUAAGAGCGCCCCAGCUACCGGCGGAGUUAAGAAGCCUCACCGUUACAGGCCCGGCACCGUGGCUCUGCGAGAGAUCCGCCGCUACCAGAAAUCCACCGAGCUGCUGAUCCGCAAGCUGCCCUUCCAGCGCCUGGUCAGGGAGAUCGCUCAGGAUUUCAAGACCGACCUGCGCUUCCAGAGCUCCGCCGUCAUGGCUCUUCAGGAGGCCAGCGAGGCUUACCUGGUGGGUCUCUUUGAGGACACCAACCUGUGCGCCAUCCACGCCAAGAGGGUCACCAUCAUGCCCAAAGACAUCCAGCUGGCCCGCCGUAUCCGCGGAGAGAGGGCUUAAACUGACUUCUGACUCGCUUCAACAAACCAACGGCUCUUUUAAGAGCCACCUAAAUUCAUCUAAAGAGCGAUUCACUUAAUAAUCAAUCAGUAUGAAUCAAGCUUAAUUACACCUUUUUAAAUGUCUUUGAAACUGAAUUCAAAAUUCUUUCAGAGUUACUGAUCUGUUCAGGUUUCACAUAGCACCUUGAAUACAGAAAUAACUGUCGGUUCCUUCAAUACUUUAGCUUGUAUUAAGGUGUGUACUUAAAUGGCAGAUCUGUGAUGUCAGAUGACACGGGUUGCUCAG